AUGGAACUUUCAAGUUCGAUUUGUGAGAAACAGAUCCUGCAUGACGUCUGUGAUGUCUGUGUCGAUGUGGCAAGAAAUCAAUCUAGUUUUUCAGUCAAGCGGCCUCUUCUAGAUUUAGAACCCAUCAAUGAAACUGAACAAUCUUCGUAUUGUGUGCAACUGAUGAAGCGACUCAACAUACAGCGACAACAGAUCCAUUUCUGCAACAUAACCUUAGUAGCGAAAGAAGGGAGGGAGUUUAAGGCCCACAGAAACGUACUAUCGGCGGCGAGUCCGUUUUUUUCAAAGCUUCUUCAGAGCGAGAUGAAAGAGAGAGAGGAAGGAGUCAUUCGGUUAAAAGAGAUUUCGAAAUCGGUCCUCUCAGAUGUUUUGGAGUUCAUCUACAUGGGAAGAGUCGAGAUAAAUGGAGAAAAUGCCGAAGAUCUGAUAAUCGCAGCCGACUAUUUACUGCUCGAGUCUUUAAAAACUAUCUCCGGGCGAUUUGUAGAGAAGCAAAUGACCAUCGGUAACUGCAUUUCAACUUUUUACUUUGCCGAGAAAUAUAGAUGUGAAGAACUUGUUCUUCGUAGUACAAAGUUCAUUCAAGACAACUUCACUUCCGUAGCAAAGUCAGACGAAUUUUUGAACUUAGAAGCCGAAGAAGUUGAGAAGUGGAUUUCAAGUGAAAACAUUUUGGUUGCAGCUGAAGAAGACGUGUUCAGAAUCAUUCUUAAUUGGGUCGAGCAAAACAAACGCGAGCGAAAAGACAAGUUUAAGCAGCUUUUUCGUCAUGUCCGACUGGUCUUGCUUUCGCAUGACUCCUUUUUCUCUAAUGUCGUGACAAAUGAACUGGUAACAGGACAUUUUUCUUUGACAUGUGCUUCAAGAAGAAGGCUUGAAACAGACGCCAUUGUUGUACGUGGGAGAAAGAAAACUUACUGUUACCUUCCCGAGAAAGAUGAAUGGAAGCGAUUAGCAGACGGAUUAUCAGAAGACCGAAACCACACUACACCGUUAAUAAAAUUCCGUGAUCACCUGUACAGCUUUGGAAGAUAUGCCCAGAAGGCGGAAAGAUAUGAUCCUGGUUUUAACAGCUGGACCACAUUAAAGUUGUCCCUUCCAAAUGAGACAUUCUCGUUGGCUGUUGUUAAUGGGCAAAUCCAUGUUAUAUACCGCAUUCGGUCGCGUCGAGCCCACCAUUCCAGCACGUCCGCCCCUGUGAUUAAAAGAUACAAUGAAGAGUUGUGCACCUGGGAGACUCUGUUAUCUUCUCAGGAAUUCCAUUACAGAGAUGACUCGUGUGUCGUUGCUCUUGGCAACUGUCUCUAUGUUCUUGGUGGUGGAUAUAGUAACGAAGCUGGCAGGUUUGAUACUGCGGAAAGCAAAUGGCAGGAAAUUGCAUCUAUGCCAAUUUCAAAGUACAGUCCCUGUGGUGUUGCUACUCAAGAGAGGAUUUUUGUCAGUGCUGCAGGGGGCCAGCAAUGUGAAGUGUACCAGGUUUCCACAAAUGAGUGGCAUACCAUUCCAAGUUUGAACUUUACCAGAUUUUUUUCAUGUUGUAUGGUGUGUGUUAACGAAACAGUUUAUGUAUUGGGUACUGCUGAAAAUAAUUCGUCACAGCCAUCUGAGGUUGUAGUUAAAAGCUAUGAUCCCAAACUAAACAAGUGGAUCCAGAAGACCUCCAUACCUAUCAACAAGAGCUCUGAGGAAGAAACUUAUUCAUUUCAAUGCUCUACGUUGAAACUUUCUAAAGGAUUGCUCAAGAAACCAACAAUAAUAAAAAUUGACUAG